AUGAAGCUCACUACUCUCAUCGCACUCCCAUCUCUGGUAUCCGCCAACAUGGGCAUCUACUGGAGCAUGGAGAACGUCACCUCCUCAGGUCUAAAAGACAUCAUCUUCCCCAUGGCCAUGCCCAGCAGCAAACACGAGUCCGGCCUGUACUACGCCCAGCAAUUCCCCUUCAUCGACGCGGGCGGCAUCGGCUACACAGGUCUCCAGCCUCUGGCUGACACCGCCAACGGAAGCAUGAUCCACGCUGUCUUCUCCAGCUUCGCGCCGGGAACAACGACAACCGACCUCGCGAACUGUCAUGACGGCGCAGACGGCGGCGAAGGCGUCAGCUGUGCCGUUGAGAUCCCGGCCCCGUACGCGCAUCUGUACCAUCUGGUGAUCAGGAACACGAACGGCACGACCUGGACGGGGACACUUGUUGACGCGGCCCUCGGCAAUGAAACGCAUAUUGGCACGUACACUCUCCCAACCGGCUCCAAGGGGAUUUCGGGCUCGUAUAUGGGCUUUGUCGAGUGGUUUUCGUUUAAUGUGGAGGAUGCGGAAGAGAAGGGCGAGUGUGAUACUAUGCCGAGGGCUGCUGUGACGUUCUAUCCGCCUACGAGUAACAGCACGUCCUCUGGUAAAGGGGUUGGGGAGUUGGGAGAGCCGUAUCCGUAUGGCGGUUGUGAGGAGGAUGGAAAUUACCAGUGGAAGGCUGUUAAUGGUGGGGGGUAUAGUAUGAGUGCUGGGUAUGUGUAG